AUGGACGAGCCGGUCAGCAGUCAGCCAGGUGAGAGUACUACGGAGAAGGAGGAGGAGGCGGAGGACGAGCCCCUAAUGGGUUUCCUGGAGGAGAUCAACUGCCCGGAACCGGGCAUCAUAGAUCGUCAGAUGAUCGAAACCGCCUAUUUGGAGGAGGGCCAGAAGGGCGAAGCGAGGAGACUCCAUCAACUGGAACCAGUGGUCUAUGAUCGCAUUACCACCAUGCGAUUGGAAUUCAAGAACAUCCUUAGGAUCGACCAUCUCUGGAUGAUGCCGAAUCUUACAAAGCUCUGUUUGAAUUGCAACAAAAUCGAGGUGAUUGAGCACCUGGAAAUGCUAACUGCUCUCAAGGAUCUUAAUCUCAGCUUUAACUACAUCACACGGAUUGAGAAUCUAGAAAAACUGGUCAAGCUGGAGAAGCUAUCCCUGUUUAGCAAUCGCAUCAGGAAAAUCGAAAACAUACAUACUUUGCAGAAUCUGGUUAUCCUUAGCAUUGGAAACAAUCUCAUCGAUACGGUAGAAGGCAUCGAACGAUUACGUUUUGUGAGCAGCCUGAAAGUCCUUAAUCUAGAGGGUAAUCCCAUAGCUAAGCAGCCAGAUUUCCCAUUGUCCCUCUAUGUGAUUGCCAUCCUGCCCCAGCUGAACUACUACGAAUACGUUUUCAUCAAGACGGAGACGCGGGAGGAGGCCCAAAAACGUUUUUACCGCGAGCUGCGCGAAAUCGAGGACAAGCAGGAGCGUGAGAUUCAGGGCCUGGAAACGGAGGCUCGUGAAAUGGCCGAGGCGGAUCGGCUGGCCUCCAGCUUUGUGGAGCACCUGGAUGGAAUGCAGCUGUACGACUCCCUGUGGCGAGACGACGAGGAUGGGCGCAUCCUGAUGUUGGUGGGUGCACCGGCUCAGGAGCUGUGCGAGGAGUAUUCCAAGGAUGUGUACGAGCUUACGCAGCAGAUCUACCGCCUGGGCUUGGAGCGCUUCGGUGAACGCGACGAGGAGAUUCGCGACUUCAAUGCCAACCUGCAUGAGGGGCAGGAGGAGCUGCAGGCCCAGGGACAAAGGCAGAUCGAAGAGUUCCUGGAGUACAAGGAGCGAACCUUCGACGAGAUGCGCCUGAAGUGGAGAGAGCUGGAUCAGCGAGACGAAGAUUUGGAGCAGUUGCAGGCCCAGUUGGACACACUAACGGCCAACUUUGAGGAUUCCCUGAACGAUCUGUGGGAAAGUCUGAUGGCCCAGGAGCUGCAUUUGCACGAAGCAGUUGAGGAAUCUACCCUAAACUUUAACCGCAAGAUCUCCGAUCUCAUGUCCAACUUCGUGGAGCAGGCCCAGGUGAUCUUCCAGCAGCUGCGCGAUGUUUGUAGCUACUUUGCUGACAACAUGACGGACAUCGUGAACCAGUUUCUGUCCACCAAGCUGGCUCGCAAUGAACUGAAUGCCAUUCCCGAAGAGCUACAGCAGUGUGUGGAUGAUCGAGAAGCGGUCCUCCAGCUGGUGGAGGGCAUGAGGACGUCUCACACAUCGCGAGUGGAUAAGCGUGAAGAUCGCCUGGCUCAACGCAGCAGGCAGUUUAUAGAUGACAUGAUCAUGAAUCUUAACAACAAGGAGGUGGAUCGCCAUCGCGCCAAGAUUCUAGAGAUUAACUCUUUCAUGGAAAUGAUGACAGAGGCUUUGGCCAAUCUGCCGAAUGAAUUGCACCAGGAAGCCCCAUCGGAUUAACAUUUUAAUACAAAUUUACAUACAUAAACAAUAAAUGCAAUUUGAUCACAUUCCUAUAAAA